UCCCUGGAACUCCUGAAUCUCUCAUUCCUUUCUCCCUAUCUCAUUCUGUCCUUCAGUCUCUCUCUUCCCUCUCUCUCUCUCUCUCUCCCUCCCCCAUCUUCUUCUCCUUCUCUCUCUCAACUAGAGGGGUUGGAGAAAUCCAAGAAUGGGGAGUUACAGGAAAGAGAAGAAACCCAAGAAAUUAUCAGGGACUGAAUCAGGUAGCUACAAUUACAAAAUGUUCAAUCUUUUUAACCGAAAAUUCAAGAUUACGGAGGCGGAGCCGCCUGAAGAUGUCCAAGAACUUUUUGCCAAGUUUUCCGGCGGUGAACGUGAAAUGACGAUCGAACAGUUUCGCCGGUUCUUUGUUCUCCAUCAAGAUAUGAUGGAUUGUAGCUUAGCGGAAGCGCAAAAGAUUGUGGAGGAUGUCAUCAUCAAACGAUACCAUUCCGCUAAGUAUGCCGGACAAGGGCUUAAUCUUGAUGAUUUUUUCUAUUUCCUCCGUCUCGAUGAUGUCAAUGGACCUAUCAUUCCUCAGGUACACCAUGAUAUGACUGCUCCGUUAUCACAUUAUUUCAUAUACACAGGGCAUAAUUCCUACUUGACCGGGAAUCAAUUAAGCAGUGAUUGUAGUGAGGUCCCAAUUAUAAAGGCUUUGCAAAGAGGAGUUAGAGUAAUUGAACUGGAUUUAUGGCCAGGUUCCACAAAAGAAGAGAUUCUUGUUCUGCAUGGAAGGACCUUGACCACUCCCGUGCCUCUCAUCAAAUGUCUAAAGUCCAUAAGAGACUAUGCUUUUGUUAGUUCGCCAUACCCAGUCAUUAUAACUUUAGAAGAUCACCUUACACAUGACCACCAAGCAAAAGUUGCAGAGAUGGUUACUCAAACAUUUGGAUCAAUGCUUUAUUAUCCUCAAUCAGAAUGCUUAGUACGGUUCCCUUCACCAGAAUCAUUAAAACACCGUAUAAUUAUAUCAACCAAACCACCAAAAGAGUACCUUGAAUCUUCUGUCAAGGGGAAAAGAACUCGCUUCUCAAAUGGAAAGAAUUCAUCCGAAGAAGAAGAAGAAGAGGAAGAAGCAGCAUCAGGGAAUCCAGAAAAUACAGCUGGGAUGGAGUCCGAUGAUAGGAGUGACAGUGACCUAGAUUAUGAAGAGGACAAAAAUUCAGGACAUACUCCACCACCUCAAUACAGAGAGCUAAUCACAAUCCAUGCUGGGAAACCAAAGGGUGGCUUAAAGGAAACAUUACAGCCUACAACUAAUAACGUUAGACGUCUUAGCCUGAGUGAACAGGAACUUGAAAGGGCAGCCACAAAUAAUGGAUUGGAUUUAGUGAGGUUUACACAGGAAAAUAUUCUGAGAGUGUAUCCUAAAGGAACACGAAUCACCUCCUCCAAUUACAAGCCAAUCAUCGGGUGGAUGCAUGGAGCUCAAAUGAUUGCAUUCAAUAUGCAGGGAUAUGGCAAAUCACUUUGGUUGAUGCAUGGGAUGUUUAGGGCCAAUGGAGGGUGUGGUUACUUGAAAAAGCCUGAUUUUCUAAUGCAUAAAGGGCCCGACGUAUUUGAUCCUAAAAGAGCGUUAUCAGUAAUUAAGACAUUGAAGGUGAAGGUAUAUUUGGGCGAUGGAUGGCGGUUGGAUUUUAGCCAUACACACUUUGAUGCAUACUCCCCUCCAGACUUCUACACAAAGCUUUACAUAGUUGGGGUACCAGCUGAUGCUGCAAAGAAAAAAACGAAAAUAAUCUGUGACAACUGGGUACCUGCUUGGAAUGAGGAAUUCACCUUCCCAUUGACUGUUCCUGAGCUAGCUUUGCUUCGGAUUGAAAUACGAGAAUAUGACAUGUCUGAGAAGGAUGACUUUGGAGGGCAAACAUGUUUACCUGUCCCAGAGCUAAGACCAGGGAUCCGAUCAGUCCCUCUUCAUGAUCGGAAGGGAGAGAGGUUUAAUAACACAAGGCUUCUAAUGAAGUUUGAGUUUGUAUAAACUUGUCAUAUGCUACUCCACAUCCAAGGUAUAUAUUCUCUCCUCACACCUUGUAUCUAGCAGAUUUUUUUACACAUUUUUGUCCCUGAAUGUAUGUACAGACAGAAGUACUGUAAUUAGUUCAAAUGAGAGCUUCAAUGCAGCUGGGAAUGGAUAGUUUCAGUUCAAGUUUUCUUUGGAAUGAAGCUAUAUGAUAGGAAAUGUUAAAAACAAUUAUUUUUGUCCCAUAGUAUUGUCCAUUGUUAGCUGUUCUAGCAAAAAGGUUGUCUCAUAGAGUGUUGAGAUGUCACAGAUGACAAUCUUAUUUUGUUCUUUUUGAUUUUUGGUGGUUGCUUGUAUUAAGCUUAACCUGGAAGGCUAAUCCAGAGUGCAAUUUUUGACCUGGUGAUUAAAUUCUUUUUAGUUUC